AUGGAGGAAGCUUCCUCGAUUUUGUUGCCUCCUCAAAGAUACGCAGAGGCUGCUCUGUUUGCUAUCGCACUUCAUCAGUCUCAGAUUCAUCAAGGUCUAACUUCGGCUAUUCCUCCCGAUGCCGAGAACGCUUCUGGUUCGGAUAAUCCCGAACUUUGGAUUCACGAGAAUUCUGGUUUGCUUUUUCCUGUUUUUAGGUUCAUUGAAGUGGAUGAACAAUCCUGGCGUGGCCUAAAGGAAACUGCAAGUUCGUCUUGUCAAUUCAGGGGUCACAUUGGAUCUUUCUUGAAAUUACUGUUAGAGGACGGCGAGGCAACUUCUUCAGAAAGAUUAAAUAAAGAAGUUUCAUUGACCAAAGCUGUUGAUGCCUCGACUUUGAGCAUGAAUGAUAGGGCUGAAUCUCGUGAUGAAACUAAGGAGAGCUCAGCUUUUCUCCCUUUAAAGAAACAAGCUAUCACUGCACUAAAAAUUUCAAGUUUUGAACAACCUUUGGAGGAGGCAACCCUGGUCAGUUACCAGAGGAAAGUGACAGUUCUUUACACACUUCUUGCGGCUUGUGUAGCAGAUAUUGCUGAGGCUGACAAGAAGUGCUCUCAGUCAAGGCAAGGCUAUGAUGCUCGACACCGUGUGACUCUGCGGUUACUAGCUGUAUGGCUUGAUGUCAAGUGGAAUGAAAUGGAAGCGAUGGAGGCUAUGGUUGCUUUUUCUUUAAUGGAGUCAGCGAGUAAAGACGGCACCAAGGAAGAAGAAUCCGUAGUUUCAGAAACCAACUGGGAUAAAUGGAAGCGCGGAGGUAUCAUAGGAGCAGCCGCUGUAACUGGAGGAACUUUAAUGGCUAUUACUGGUGGUUUGGCUGCGCCGGCAAUUGCUCAUGGAUUGAGUGCUUUGGCUCCAACACUAGGCAGUAUUAUUCCUGCAAUUGGAGCUGGUGGAUUUGCCGCGGCAGCAACUGCUACAGGAUCUGUUGCUGGAUCUGUAGCUGUUGCUGCAUCAUUUGGAGCUGCUGGAGCUGGCCUUACUGGAUGUAAGAUGGCUACGAGAAUUGGAAGUCUUGAGGAAUUUGAGUUGAAAGAAGUUGGGGGCAUUCAUCAAGGCCACCUAGCAGUUAGAAUCUCCAUUUCUGGGCUUGCAUUUGAGGAGAAAGAUUUUGUAAGACCUUGGGAAGGUCUCAAUGAUAACAUGGAGAGGUAUGUGCUUCAAUAUGAGUCAAAAAAUUUGAUCGCACUGAGCACUGCCAUCCAGGACUGGCUUACUUCAAAAAUUGUUGUUGAGUUAAUGAAAGAAGGUGCCAUGCGGACAGUAUUAAGCACACUUGUGGCAGCACUAGCAUGGCCAGCAACUUUGGUGUCAACAUUUGAUAUUAUAGACAACAAAUGGGCAAUUGCAGUAGACAGAUCAGACAAGGCUGGUAAAGUGCUUGCUGAAGUGUUGCUGAAAGGCUUGCACGGAAACAGGCCUGUGACACUAGUAGGUUUUUCAUUGGGAGCCCGUGUUAUUUUCAAGUGUCUCCAAUGUUUGGCUGAAUCCGGAGGAGACAAUGCUGGACUAGUGGAAAGGGUUGUUUUCCUCGGAGCACCCAUCCCAAUUGGAGACGAAAAUUGGGAGGCAGCUAGAAAGAUGGUGGCUGGAAGGUUUGUGAACGCUUACUCAACAACUGACUGGACAUUAGGUGUAACUUUCCGUGCCAGUUUACUUUCUCAUGGAUUAGCCGGAAUCCAACCUGUUGAUCUUCCAGGGAUUGAGAAUGUUGACGUGACACAAGUCAUAGAAGGCCACUCUUCCUACCUGUGGCUAACACCCAAAUUACUGGAGCAGCUUCAAUUGGACAACUGUUGUGCUGUUUUCAGAAGAGAACCUGAAAACCCACAAGAAGAGAAGAGCACCGUGAGCUAA